AUGAAGCUCCUGCUCCUGGUCUUUACAGCCCUGGGAUUCCUGGUGACCCCAGCCAGAGGGGGCGGGACAAUUUGUGGACGUAAGAUCGCAGGACACUGCAAGCUGAAAUGCGGCUCCCUGGAGAAAACGAUGUUCAUGUGUGACAGGUACAAGCAGUGUUGUGUCAAAGGCCUCUUCAUAGCAAAGUCCGUGAUGCAACCACCCAUCCAGAACCCUAACAAACCACACAGAAAAUACACAGUUGGCUAA